AUGAAUGACGGACGAAGAAAAGGCUCAUUUCGAGACAAGGAGUCGUUUGGUCCUAGAAUGAGGAAAUGCUCAUCGAUUUCUGUAUGUACGAAGGAUAAGAGCAUAAAUUAUGUGGUGCCUUCAGUAUUCGCCCUUCCAAGUGAAGACUAUUUCCGCAUUCGUCGGAACUUAAGGGUAAAGAAUCUGGUGCAAACAGUGGAUAGGGUCAACUUGUAUGCACCAAAGUUGACCAAGGCGGAACACAAAUUCCCAUCCAGCGUUAGGAGAGUCAUGACUUCUUUGAUUCCUCAACUAAGAAGGCAUCCUAAAAAUCACUUCAAUAGUAAGGAACUUGCCCUUCUCCUUCAGGUGUAUUACACUAUCACUGAAUAUCGUGUUCGUCAUAUGACCCAGGCGGAAUUUGAUGAUUUUCUGAGGGGCACACUGGGUAUCACAAACUACCAUGUAUUAAGCGGAUUGAAAAGAAUAUCUGCUCAAUCAAAUCAUCCCUAUUUAGGGAAAGAACUUUCAGGAGUUUCACCAACCAACUUCCUCAUUAUGCUAUCAAUCUACUUACGAGGAAGUCUUGAAGAAAGAGCUGAAAUGGCAUUUGAGAUCAUGGAUAUUGAUCGAGAUGGAUUACUUAAGAAGGAUUACGAAUUUCCUAGACUCUUGAGUGGUUCAUUUAAAGUCAGUAUAGCAGCAAUUUAUCCCGAAAUUGAUCCCGAUCAACCCAUUCGCGACUCAAUCAAAUACUUAGAGAAAGUCUUUAACCUCUACUAUGACAGAGGAGUGGAUUUGAAAAGCUUUAAGGAGGUUGCCUUACAGCAACCGUGGAUUAUUGAUAGCCUAUUACCUGUAACCUGUCAAGAUGUCAACAAACUGAGCCUACUGUAUUCACUUUCUGUAUAA